AUGGCCGUAGAAAAUGUUGAAGGUGAAGAUGGUGCUACAAGAAAUGAGGCCUCCACCUCAGGAAGCCAUGGAGGCCAAGAGGACUUGCCCAAUGCUGGGGGAAAAGAGCCCACGAAUGCAAUUCCAUUUUACAAGCUAUUCACGUUUGCUGAUUCCAAGGACAAAAUUUUGAUGAUUGUUGGUACAAUUGGUGCCAUUGGAAAUGGAUUGUGCCUGCCUCUUAUGACAAUUCUUUUCGGAGAAUUGAUUGAUUCUUUCGGACAAACCCAAACCGCAGAUGUUGUUUCGGUUGUUUCAAAGGUGGCACUGAAGUUUGUGUAUUUGGCUUUGGGAUGUGGUGUUGCAGCAUUUCUUCAGGUGGCUUUCUGGAUGAUCACUGGGGAGAGACAGGCUGCAAGAAUCAGAAGUCUUUAUUUGAAAACUAUAUUGCGACAAGAUGUUGCUUUCUUUGACAAAGAAACAAAUACAGGAGAAGUUGUCGGAAGGAUGUCUGGUGACACUGUUCUUAUUCAAGAUGCAAUGGGCGAGAAGGUGGGAAAGUUUAUACAGCUGAUCUCAACAUUUUUCGGAGGAUUUGUUAUUGCCUUUAUUCAAGGAUGGCUUCUUACCCUUGUCAUGUUAACGUCUAUUCCUUUGCUUGUGAUAUCUGGUGGAGUCAUGUCAAUUGUCUUAUCCAAAAUGGCGUCUCGUGGCCAAAAUGCAUAUGCUAAAGCUGCAAUUGUGGUUGAACAGACAAUUGGCUCCAUCAGAACGGUUGCCUCAUUUACUGGGGAAAAGCAUGCCGUGACUAAUUAUGAUAAGUCCCUUGUGGAGGCAUACAAAUCAGGCGUACAUGAAGGGUGGGCUAGUGGGUUAGGUCUUGGAUCCGUUAUGUUCAUCGUGUUCUGCAGUUAUGCUUUAGCUAUUUGGUUUGGUGCAAAGAUGAUCCUGGAGAAGGGUUAUACUGGGGGUGACGUGCUCAACGUUAUUGUUGCAGUGUUAACUGGUUCCAUGUCUCUAGGACAGGCAUCUCCCUGCAUGAGUGCAUUUGCUGCGGGUCAAGCUGCGGCCUUCAAGAUGUUUGAGGCUAUAAAUAGGAAACCUGAGAUAGAUGCAUAUGAUACCAGAGGAAAGAUAUUGGACGACACUCGUGGAGAUAUAGAAUUGAAAGAUGUCUAUUUCAGUUAUCCAGCAAGACCAAAUGAAGAAAUAUUCAGAGGAUUCUCUCUUUUUAUCCCUAGUGGCACAACUGCAGCUUUGGUUGGACAGAGUGGAAGCGGGAAAUCAACUGUUAUUAGCUUGAUAGAGAGAUUUUAUGAUCCACAAGCUGGUGAAGUUCUGAUCGAUGGAAUUAAUCUCAAAGAAUUCCAGCUCAAGUGGAUUAGGUCAAAAAUAGGUCUUGUCAGCCAAGAACCUGUGCUUUUCACAGGCAGCAUCCAGGACAAUAUUGCAUAUGGCAAGGACGGUGCAACCCUUGAAGAGAUUAGAGCUGCAGCUGAGCUAGCAAAUGCUGCUAAGUUUAUUGAUAAAUUGCCCCAGGGACUCGAUACCAUGGUUGGUGAACAUGGAACUCAACUUUCUGGUGGCCAGAAGCAAAGAGUUGCCGUAGCCAGAGCAAUCCUGAAAGAUCCACGAAUUUUACUUUUAGACGAGGCAACAAGUGCUCUAGAUGCAGAAUCUGAGCGAAUUGUUCAAGAGGCUUUGGACAGGAUAAUGAUAAACAGAACAACUGUCGUUGUUGCACAUCGUUUGAGCACAGUAAGGAAUGCCAAUAUGAUUGCAGUCAUUCACCAAGGAAAGAUGGUUGAAAAAGGCACACAUUUUGACCUACUCCAGGAUUCUGAAGGAGCAUAUUCUCAGCUCAUACGCUUGCAAAACAUAAAUAAAGAUUCUGACCAACAUGUUGAUGACAGAGACAAAUCUGACAUGACUUUGGAAUCUGGUAGACAAUCAAGUCAAAGAAUGUCAUUUCAGCGUUCGAUCAGUCAGGGUUCUUCUGGAGCUGGAAAUAGCAGUCGCCAUUCAUUGUCAGUUACAUUUGGCCUACCUACAGCACUUAGUGUCCCAAAAACUGAAUUAGCAGAUCCAGAUAUGACUUCUCAUAAAACAUCAGAAAAGCCUCCAAAAGUCCCAAUUCGACGACUUGCCUAUCUCAACAAGCCUGAGGUACCAGUUCUGAUAGUUGGAGCUAUAUCUGCUAUUGUAAAUGGUGCAAUAAUGCCAAUUUUUGGUGUACUACUUUCCUGUGUAAUCAAAACAUUCUUUGAGACACCGCAUAAAUUACGAAAAGAUUCCAAAUUUUGGGCCCUAAUGUUUGUGGUUCUUGGAGCUGUAUCACUAGUUGCAUAUCCAGCAAGAACAUAUCUUUUUGGUGUGGCUGGGAAUAAGUUGAUAAGGAGAAUUAGAUUGCUGUGCUUUGAGAAGGUGGUUAACAUGGAAGUUGGUUGGUUUGAUGAGCCUGAACACUCAAGUGGAGUAAUUGGUGCAAGGCUCUCAGCUGAUGCUGCUACAGUUCGCGCUUUAGUUGGAGAUGCUCUUGCACAGAUUGUGCAAGACACUGCCGCGGCAAUUGUCGGACUGGGUAUAGCUUUUGAAGCAAGUUGGCAGUUGGCACUUAUCAUCCUUGGUAUGAUACCUCUGAUAGGAUUGAAUGGAUAUGUACAGAUCAAGUUCAUGAAGGGGUUCAGUGCAGAUGCAAAGGCAAUGUAUGAGGAAGCAAGCCAAGUUGCAAAUGAUGCAGUUGGAAGUAUCAGAACAAUUGCCUCCUUCUGUGCAGAAGAAAAGGUGAUGAAUAUGUACAAACAUAAGUGUGAAGGCCCUAUGAGAAAUGGGAUAAGACAAGGAUUGAUUAGUGGCAUAGGUUUUGGUCUAUCUUUUUCCUUGCUGUUUUUGGUAUAUGCUACCAGCUUUUAUGCAGGAGCUAGGCUUGUUGAGGAUGGAAAAACAACAUUUUCGAAUGUGUUCCGCGUUUUCUUUGCUCUAACCAUGGCGGCAAUAGCAAUCUCUCAAUCGAGCUCUUUUGCUCCAGAUUCAAGCAAAGCCAAGACUGCUGCUUCUUCUAUAUUUGCUAUGCUUGACAGGAAAUCUAAUAUUGAUCCAAGUGAUGAGGCUGGCAUGACACUUGAAAGCGUUAAGGGAAAAAUUGAACUGAAUCACGUGAGCUUCAAGUAUCCAACCAGGCCAGAUAUCCAGAUUUUCCGGGACCUUUCCUUGGCAAUUCAUAGCGGGAAGACAGUCGCUCUGGUGGGAGAGAGUGGAAGUGGGAAGUCAACAGUCAUCUCAUUACUGCAAAGAUUUUACGAUCCUGAUUCAGGUCAUAUUACACUUGAUGGAAUUGAGAUUCAGAAGUUUCAACUCAAGUGGUUAAGGCUGCAGAUGGGGCUUGUGAGCCAGGAGCCUGCUCUGUUUAAUGACACGAUCCGAUCCAAUAUUGCAUAUGGAAAGGAAGGAAAUGCAAGCGAGGCAGAAAUCAUAGCCGCAGCAGAGCUAGCCAAUGCCCACCAAUUCGUUAGUGGGUUGCAACAGGGAUAUGAUACAGUAGUGGGAGAGCGAGGGGUUCAAUUGUCAGGUGGACAGAAACAGCGGGUAGCCAUUGCACGGGCAAUCAUAAAAAGUCCAAAGAUUCUACUACUAGAUGAAGCGACUAGUGCACUCGAUGCUGAAUCUGAGCGGAUAGUUCAAGAUGCUCUUGAUCGAGUGAUGGUGAAUCGGACUACAGUGAUUGUAGCACAUAGGUUAUCAACAAUCAAGGGAGCAGAAGUAAUUGCUGUGGUUAAAAAUGGAGUUAUAGUAGAGAAAGGGAAGCAUGACACACUGAUCAAUGUUAAAGAUGGUAUCUAUGCAUCACUAGUUGCCCUUCACAUGAGUGCUUCGUCUUAA